AGUUGUUAACUAGUUACCAGUCACUUAGAUUCUUAGAAUAUGAUAAUAUAAUUCUAACGGAGAAAUACCAUCCGAAACAAAAAUGUCGAAUGCCACCUGGCUAACUUCAUAUUGCAACUCUUCAUUUUGGGAUGAUGAGCUUAUGAAUAGACCAUCUCCAGAAUUCACACCAUGCUUCCAAGAAAUUGCGAUGGUUUGGGGACCAUGCUUUUUUCUUUGGUUAUUUUCAAUAUAUCAACUUCUAAUUUUAAAAAAUUCAAAACAAAAAUCGUUGAAAGUGUCGACACUUCAUAUCUUGAAACUGCUAUGUACACUUUCCAUAUUUGUGGUGAUGAUAGUCGAACUUGGAUACCGAGGAUCGAACGUAGCUAACAAUACUAUUGAAGAAUAUACUCAGGCAUAUUUUGCCACUCCAGCAAUAAUUGCUGCCACAAUGAUUCUCGCAUUUGUUUUACAAACUUACGUUCGUUUGAAAGGCGAAACGACGUCAGGAUUGUUGUUUCUAUUUUGGUUUGCAUUCACCAUUUGUCAGAUAAUUCCAUUUGUAUCAAUGGUUUAUGCUGCAACGCCAGAAAUUGAAGACAUGGUUGACUUUGUUUGUUUCUUCGUAUUUUAUUUCUUUUUGUUGGCUUCGUUUCUCCUGUCAGCAUUUGCGGAACCGGUCCCGAAAAGGAAUAAGAAAGAUUGUCCAGAAUUGGUGUCUUCUUUUCCAAAUCAGCUGGUAUUCUGGUGGUUCAAUCCAAUAAUAUGGAAAGGCCAUAACAACCCAUUGGUUCACGAAGAUUUGUGGCGAUUGAACGAAAGAGAUACAACUGAAGUUAUUGCACCAAAACUAAAUAAAAAUUGGGAAGAGGAAUUGGAAAAGUCAAGGCAGUCAAAAGUCAAAUUAGGACUCCAAGCAUCGAAAGCAGAUCACACAGUUUAUGCAAAUGUUGGACUAGAUGAUGUUGUCAUUGAGCCUAACGGGAAAGGAUACGAUAUGUCAGACAAACAUUACAAGCCAUCUCUGGUGAAAGCAAUGUUUAAAACAUAUGGAAUGACAAUGCUCGCUGCUGCAUUUUUCAAACUUGGAAAUGAUACUAUUCAAUUUCUUUCCCCAAUUCUUCUACGACAAAUGAUGGCUUUUACUGAAGAUACAGAUAUCUAUGAAUGGUAUGGAUACGUCUAUGCUACGGCCAUGUACGCUGUCACGAUUGUACAAGCGCUGUUUCUCAAUCAAUAUUUUCAUAGAUGUAUGCUUGUUGGUAUGAACAUCAGAACCUCAGUCAUUUCCAUGGUUUAUCGAAAGUCAUUGCGAAUAUCUAAUGCAACAAAAAAAGAGUCCACAGUUGGUGAAAUUGUAAACUUGAUGUCAACGGAUGCUCAACGUUUUAUGGAUUUGAUGAGCUAUAUUCAUAUUAUAUGGUCUGGACCUUACGUCAUAGCUAUUUCUCUAUAUCUUUUGUGGCAGGAACUUGGACCUUCUGUCAUGGCUGGUUUUGCCCUGAUGGUUCUGCUGAUUCCACUAAAUGGAUGGAUAGCUUCCUACAUGAGGAAAUUAUCAGUAAAUAAUAUGAAAUUAAAAGAUAAACGAAUUAAACUUAUGAACGAGAUUCUGAAUGGAAUUAAGGUUUUGAAACUUUAUGCCUGGGAGCCAUCUUUCGAAGAACAAGUCGGUGAAAUUCGAGCUGCUGAAUUGAAAAUUGGGAGAAAAAUUGCAUAUGUCCGAGCGUUUAUGAGCUUUUUGUGGACUGUUGCACCAUUCAUGGUUGCUCUCUUAUCAUUUCUUACGUAUGUUCUUGUCGACGAAAAUAACGUCCUGGAUUCACAAACAGCCUUUGUAUCCAUUUCUCUAUUUAAUAUUUUGAGAUUCCCGCUUGUUGUUUUUCCGAUGGUCAUAUCGUCCGUCAUAGCCGCACAAGUGUCGGUCAAAAGAUUGUCGAAAUUUCUCACUGGAGACGAAUUGGAUCCAAAUGCCGUUACCAGAAGUUUCGAUACGGACAAAGAAAAUGCGAUCGAGAUAAACGAAGGCAACUUUGUUUGGGAACCUGAUCACGAAUGUGAUCUGAAAGAAGUAAGCAUGAAAGUUAAAACCGGAUCAUUGGUCGCCGUAGUGGGACAUGUGGGCAGUGGAAAAUCGUCAUUAAUUUCAGCAAUUCUUGGUGACAUGGAAAAGAAGAAUGGUUAUGUCGAAGUUAACGGGUCAAUAGCAUAUGUACCACAGACGGCUUGGAUUCAAAAUGCAACAUUACAAGAUAAUAUUUUGUUUGGUCAAAAGUAUGUCGGAGAUAAAACGAAAGAAGAUCAUGAAACAACAGAAUUUCACAGUGCGAAGGGGCCAGAUUCUAACAUUGUUACAAAAGCAAAAUACAAAUCAAUUUUAAAAGCAACAGCUCUUGGUCCAGAUUUAGAAAUUUUGCCCGGUGGAGAUCAAACAGAAAUUGGAGAAAAGGGUAUUAAUCUUAGCGGUGGACAAAAACAACGAGUUUCUCUUGCAAGAGCAAUAUGCAGCGACUCUGAUAUAUACCUUCUUGACGAUCCGUUAUCUGCUGUCGAUUCACAUAUUGGAAAGCACAUUUUUGAUCACGUUAUUGGCAAAGACGGAAUUCUCAAAAACAAAACUCGUCUUCUAGUCACGCACGGUAUCCAGUACCUACCAGAUGUAGACAACAUUUUUGUAAUAGAUGAUGGACAAAUCUCAGAGACUGGAACUUAUCAGGAGCUUCUAAACACUGGGGAAAAAUUCUCCAAGUUUCUAGAAGAAUAUGCGAAUAAACAAGACGAAGGCAUAGAAGAUGACACAGAGAUGGUUUUGAUAACCGACGAUGAUCUGUCUUCGAUACCGGAAUCAAGAGACUCUGUGACAGAUGGCAGUUCUGAUUCUGCAGUAGGCGAUGUAAUGAAAGAUGAUGACGUGACAGAACUCCGGAGAAGAGCUUCACAACGCGGAAGCAAGAGGUCAGUUGGUUCAAUUAGAAAGCGUACCUUGAGUGCAACAAGCAACGGGGCAGUCCAGAGAAAAACGAGAGAAAGUGUCACGAGUAACUCGAAAAAGAGAGAGAUGCGAGAGAGUGUUACCAGCAAAACAAACUCGAUAAAACGCAGAGAAGCUAUGAAAUUACAGCAAACAGAUACAAACAAGGGAAAGUUAACUGAGGAAGAGUCGUCGGAAAUAGGACAUGUCAAACUUCGCGUUUAUUACGAAUAUAUCAAAGCGAUUGGUAUUGGAUAUUUUUCUUUAGUCAUACUUGCUUCCAUACUUUAUCAGGGUUCAGUCAUUGGAGCUUCAAUCUGGCUUACUUAUUGGACAAAUGAAAACGAUAAAGUUUUACUUGGACUUUCGAAUGAAACAGCCGUUACUACUGGUGUGGGGAUAGGAGUCUAUGGAUCCUUUGGCUUUAUACAAGCAAUAUUCAUUCUUGGAAACGGAAUUUUCCAAGCGAAUGGAACAAUAGCUGCUGCAUUGAUGCUUCAUUACUUUUUACUGAAAAAUAUAUUUCGAGUACCGGUAGGAUUCUUCGAUACAACACCACUAGGAAGAAUCGUAAAUCGAUUCUCCAAGGAUAUUUAUAUCAUCGAUGAAAUUCUACCUCAAACUGUGAGAAUGUGGUUGCAAUGUGCCUUCAGUGUAAUUUUCACAUUGAUUGUCAUCAUUGCUUCAACUCCAAUAUUUGCAGCUGUGAUCGUUCCUAUUGGAAUUCUCUACUUUUUUGCUCAGCGAUUUUACGUUUCAACAUCAAGACAACUGAAACGAUUAGAAUCGGUGACAAGAUCCCCAAUUUAUUCACAUUUUGGUGAAACUGUCUCCGGAGUGUCUCUGAUCAGAGCUUAUCAACAAAGUGAGAGAUUUAUACAACAAUCAAAAGAUAAAGUGGACAAGAAUCAAGAAUGCUAUUAUCCCAACAUUGUUUCCAACAGGUGGUUAGCAGUACGACUUGAAUUUGUUGGAAACGCGAUCGUAUUUUUUGCUGCUUUAUCGGCUGUAUUGAGUCGAGAGACAUUGAGUGGAAGUGUCGCUGGAUUAUCCAUCUCAUACGCUCUAACGAUCACCCAAACGUUGAACUGGUGGGUUCGACAAAUGAGUGAAAUGGAGACAAACGUUGUUGCAGUUGAGCGGGUUCAGGAGUAUGCUAAAGUGAAGAACGAGGCUGAAUGGGAAGUAAAAGAGAACAAGCCGAAUCGCGAAUGGCCUUCUGAAGGACAAAUUGAGUUUGAAAAUUAUGCUACAAGAUACAGAGAAGAUUUAGAUCUUGUUUUAAAGAAUAUAAGUUGCAGCAUAAAACCAAAACAAAGGGUCGGAAUAGUAGGUCGCACUGGAGCUGGUAAAUCAUCAUUAACUCUCGCAUUGUUUCGUUUGAUCGAAGGAUCAGGUGGAAAAAUUAAAAUUGAUGGAGUCGACAUUUCUAAAAUUGGUCUUCAUGAUUUGAGAAAGAAACUAACGAUAAUUCCACAGGAUCCAGUUCUCUUCUCUGGAACGAUGAGAUUGAAUCUUGAUCCGUUUAACUCGUACACAGACGAACAAGUAUGGAAUGGACUUGAGCAUGCUCACUUGAAGGAAUAUGUCAGUGGAUUACCAGACAAACUCGAACAUAUGUGUGCCGAAGGUGGCGAAAAUCUUAGUGUUGGACAACGUCAGCUUGUAUGUCUUGCUCGAGCUUUACUCAGAAAAUCGAAAAUUCUCGUUCUUGACGAAGCAACAGCUGCAGUGGAUAUGCAAACUGAUGAUCUCAUACAACAAACUAUUCGAAAUGAAUUUGAUGAUUGCACUGUCAUAACUAUCGCUCAUAGAUUGAACACUAUCAUGGAUUACGACAUGAUCAUGGUAUUGGAUACUGGGAAAAUUGUUGAGUUGGAUUCACCGACAACUUUGCUAGAAAAACAAGGAGUAUUCUACGGAAUGGCAAAAGAUGCUGGAUUAGUUUAAUUGUUUUUUUUAGUAUUUGGCUUUUUCAAUAAUUGACCUUUUUUCUAUUUUUAUUAUUCAUAUUCGUAUACUCGUGUUUACUUUGCUGUUUUUUUUUUGCCUAGAAUUGGAUGAUAAAACGAAUAUUAUUUCGAAUUGCCUGUUUUUCAGUUAAAAAAAAAUGAAAAAUAAAUAAACACUGUAUACUUUAAUAAAGAUAAAAAAAAUUUCACAAAGAAGCGUAAAUUUGCUCGUUUGAGCUAUAGAUACCUCUGUUGUAUGUUCCAUUUAUUCCUACGUUCAAAUUCAACUUGUUCCAUUCAACACUUGUAUAAACACUUAAUUCUAAUUUAUCAUUUCAUAAAAUUACUGCAACUGCAAUAAUUUUUUUAUGUUAUUCAAUAAUUACUGUGAUUUGUUGGUGAAAAAUUAAUAAAAUAUAACCUUU